AAGUUCAAGACAUAUCUGAGAAUAGAAGUAGUAAAAAAGAAUCUGUUAAAAAGAGAAAGGGUUCUAUCAGAGCUUCCAAAGAUGAAGCGAUGCGUCAGAUACAUAGUGAAUCUCAACGAUUAUUAAGAGAAACAGAAAUUUCUUUGCCAUAUCACAGACCAAAACAGCGUACUUUACAGGAAUUUUUGAAUAGAAAAAAAAUAUUAACAUCUCUUCCAAAGGCAUCCUCAACAGCUGCAAAACUGAAAAUGUCAUCCACAAUAGUAAACCAGGUCCUUACGGAAAAAGAAAAAGAAGCAGAACUCUUUUACAAAUCUUCAGAUUCAGAAGAUGAGUCUACAUCUUUUGAUGCUAGAAAUAUAAAAAAGUCUUCUACUACGCAUGAGAAGAUACCAUUGAUAGAUAUCAAAAAUACACAAGAUUCUCAAAAGAUUGGUACAAACCAUCAAGCUUAUAAUGAAACAAAGAUUAUACAAGAUGAUAUAUCUCUUGACACAUCUAUUAUAUCUGAAACAGAUUUCAACAAAGUAAAUCAUCAAGAUAAAGAAUCAUCUCUUCUAACUGAAAAUAACAGAAUUUAUGAUGAUGCAUCCGAUACAGUAUCGCAACAAACAGAUGAUGCAUGUAAGCAGAAUCAAAAGUCUGGGGUGUCAAGAAAAUUGUUUGAAACAUGUUUUGAAGAUGAGACAAAUGAAGAUUUUCAUACAAGUCUUAAGAAACAAGACACAGUGAAAGGAAGAGUUGAAACUCUUAUUACUUCCUUGGAAAAGGAAACAAUUAUUAAUGAUAAGAAGAAAUCAGAAUUUAGUAUGGCAGAGAAUCAUGUAUCAGAAACAUCAGAAUGUGAUUCUGAAGCAAUUGACAUAGAUGGAGAUAAAAAUUUGACUGCAGAAACAAUGGAAGAAAUCUCCAGUAACAUAAAUGAUGAGGAAAGGAAUGUUACAUCUGUAAAUUCUGAUAUUAUAAUACAAGAUGAUGGAACAGAUAUAACAUCAUCACUCACUAUUACUAAUUUCAUCGACGACGUUCUAUCAAAAAUUAGAAAUGAUUCAACAGAGGAAUGUAAAGACUCUGAUAAUCAGGCACUUGAUUUGCCAUUUUCGAAAUUCGUGGAUGAACCUGUAAUUGAUAGAAAAAAAUUAUUACCAAAAUUGACGUCAAAUUCUACAGUUAUGUUAAAAGGGUCACCAGGUAUGAUUAUUGAUCUGACAUAUGACGAGAAAUCAUAUGGAAAAGGUGUAAAUACUUUAUUAGAUAGAUUUUUUUGUAAACACGUUCUUAACGCAAAAAAACAGUCUAACGAUAAGGCUGAAGAAACUGAAGUACACUUGCAAAAUACUUCAAACAGUUCUCCGAUUAAGGAAUCAUCACUUCCAUAUAAUUUACCCGCCAGCACUGAUAAUCCUGAAUUGAGUAAGCCUGGGGCCAAGUUGAUGCGUUUAAAGGAAGAUUUAAAGCUACAAAUGACUAUAAAACGUAAUAAAGAAUGGAAACAUAAAGAAAUAGAACUGCAAGAAAAGGAGGAGAAAGAAAGGGAAGAAGAAGAAGAAGAAGCUGAUUAUGAUUUAGAUGGGGAAGAAGAUCAGGAUUCUGAAUUAAGUGACAGCGGAGAAAGCGAACCCGAAGAGGAUGAUAUUUAUAUUAAGGACAAAAAGAGGAACAAGUGUUUGUUCGCUGAUGACGAAGCUGAAGUUACAGACAAUGAAGAUUCGGAGGAUGAUGCAGAGAAGACUCGCAAGAAUGAUAUAAUAGAGACUGAUCAGGAAGAAGAUGAUGUGCUGGAUUUAGACAAAGAUAUAGAAAAUGGAAGCGAAUCUGAAGAUGAUGUUAAUGUUUGUAAAAACGUUGGUACCAUCGAGAAUCAAAAAGAUAAAAAGAAAAAAGAGUCUCAGAAUGAUUCAAGCGUUAUAAAUCCGAGCUGUUCAGAAAGUGAUCAAUUAAAGGACAUUAAUUUGGAUGUAAAUAGAUCUGAGACACGGUAUAAAAAUAAAGAUGAAGAUAAAAGCGAUGUGUCUGCCGAGCAACAGAUUGUUGCCAGAAGUCGAACAUGUAAGAUGCCUUUGACGAAGAAAAGUAUGCUCGACUUUGUCUCUCCUAUAACGCAAUUAAGUGUGCUAAACACUACGUUGGAUUCCAAUAGUAAGGAUAAGGAAAGGAAAGGAUAUCUGAUGAACAAUCAGAAAUCCGUCUUGGAAAAUACACAAAGCGACGGAUUCUUAGAAUUCGACGACAGGAACAAUCACAUUUUAAAGAAGAAAUUAUUCGACGACAGUAAAGAAACUGUCGAUGACGAAUAUCUCAUGCGAUUGUGCUCGGGUAAAUUUGAAUCGACGCAGAGAACCGAUUUGGAUUUAUUCUCGUCUCAGACUAGCAGCGAAUCACGAUUGUGUUCAGAAAAUAUGAAAUCCAUCGAACAGUUGAAAAAUCUAGAAGAGGAGAAUGAAAACUCCCAAGAUGUAAGACUGAUAUUGGAUAAAGAUUCCAACAAUUCUGCAAAGAUGGGACAAGCUGUCGUUUCAAAGUUAAAAAUGAAGAUAGCUUCUUCAUCGGAUAAUGAUGAUGAUGAUGAUGAUGAUCGAUUGGAUGAGAUUUCGAAGUUAAAAAUGAAGAUUGUUUCUUCAGAUGAUGAUGAUGAUGCUCAAUUGGAAGAAAAGGAUACAUUUUUGAAACCCAGAAAGCGUUCAGUGAAGAGGCUGCAUUUAUCUGAUUCGGAGGAAGAUGAUGAAGGUGAUGAAGAUAAUGAAGAUGAGGAGGCAGAGGAAGAAUAUGUAGAUUACGAUUCCGAGGAAAACGAGAUGAUAAUUGUGCCGGAGAAAGAUAUUAAGAAAGUCGCGGCUGACUUUUUGGAGAAAGAGGCCGAAUUGAGCGAAAGCGAUUGGGAUUCUGCUGAUGAAGACGAGAAGGAUUUGGAUAAAUUAGAAUAUGAAGAAGGAGAUGACGAGGAUAUGGAUGAACAUGAGAUGAAAGACCAACUGGACAAAAUUCAUAAAAAAUACAUGAAGGAAAUGCUGGAUGAGGAUAAAAGGGAAGUCAGAUUGCUUCAAGAGUUGUUGUUCGAGGAUGGAGAUUUGCAUGUUGAUGGAAUGGGUCGCGAGCGCAAGUUCAAGUGGAGAAAUAUAGAUAAAUUGGGAGGUAAUACUGAAAUAUCACAAACAUCUGAGAACGAAGGCUGGGUAGAUGUACAAGAAGACGAGGAAGAGGUAAAGUGGAGUAAGCUUAGGCAAGAAAGAGACAAGUUUCUUGAAGAAAGGAUGAAAUCUUCAAAUAACGAAAUUGAAGAUGAGUUAUGCGAUAGUCAAAUUUUCAAAUUUGGACUGGAAGCACUUAAAAAAUUAAGAAAUGAAUGUCGAGAAUCAUCCGCUUCUUAUGACAAAGUGGAUUCAUCCGAAAAUAUGGAACCGAUUAUGCCGCGAAAUAUAACAGAUUUAUUAAAUGGGCCAAAUACUGAAAAGAAAUCUCAGAUGAUAUAUAAUGUUAUAAAAAAACGUUCGCUCUUAACUCGAGGAGAAGAGUCGUUAGCAAAGAUAGCUUCAUUGGCGAAACAAGGUGACUCUGUUUCUCAUGCAAUAAACGCAAGAAAUUUUGUUUUCCAGUAUAUCAACGAAAAUAAUACAUCUGCGAAGGAUGAUAAAACUAGAGAGGAAGAUCAGGAUUCACAAACCAAGCCCCGGAAGAGAAAAGUAAUGUCAAACUUUUCAUCGACAAUGAAAAAAAGACGAAAAUAAUUGUUCUUUGAAAAAAUAUUUUAAUUUUAUUUUUUAUAAAGAUAAAACUUAGAAUACAAUUUUUAAAUUAUUAUAAACGUAACAAACUUGUAUUAGAAUGUUUUAAAAAUGUAUUAUAAACUUAUGUUUGUUAAGCUA